GGGAGAGGGAGUCGCGGACCCGAGGCUGUGCAAACUGAAAGCGGCGUCCAUUAUUGCUACGGUCGGGAAUGCUGCACACGGACUACAGCGCGUAGCUCGUCACGCAGAGUGGCACAGUCAGGCUGUAGCACGCAGGCUGUCACGCAGAGUGGCACAGUCAGGCUGUAGACACACUCCUGCCCAGGAGGAGCCUCUCUCUACUCGGCCAUGAAUCCGCUGCUUCUGUUGCUGCUGCUGCCCAGUUUAUCCUUGAUUCUCGUGUGCGCGACGGGGUUUGCGUCGCGUCCUGCAGAGGGGGCGACGCGGACUGGCAACAACGUGACGCUGAGACUCGGGGAGACGGCGAUCCUGAGGUGCUACCUGGAGGGCCACGUGGGCCGCGCCGCGUGGCUCAACCGCUCUAUCAUCGUGUUUGCCGGCUCUGACAAGUGGUCGAGCGAUCCGCGUGUCACGCUGGUGGGGGUCGCCGGCGGGGGCGAGUACAGCCUGAGGGUCGCCCAGUUGACCCCCCGGGACGAGGGGACCUACACCUGCUCCGUGCAGACGCCCAGCAGCGGCCCCCAUACCACUCACUACCACCUCAUCGUGCAGGUGCCGCCCAGGAUCACGAACAUCUCGGGGGACGUGACGGUGAACGAAGGUGCCAACGUGACCAUCUCGUGCUGGGGAAUGGGGCAGCCUGAGCCCAGCAUUACCUGGAGGCACCUGUCUCCCGCCGCCAAGGAUGACGAGUAUGAGGGCGAGUUCCUGGAGAUCGAGGGCAUCUCGCGCGACCAGGCCGGCGAAUACCAGUGCAGCGCCACCAACGACAUUGCGUCCACAGACACGCGCAAAGUGCGCGUCACCGUCAACUAUCCCCCGUCGGGACUGGAGGUGCGCAGCAAUGGCAUGUUGGUGGGCCGCUUGGGUUCUCUGCGAUGUGAGGCCGCUGCCGUGCCCCUGCCAUCGUUUCUGUGGUUCAAGGAGAACAAGAGGCUGCAAGAUGGCGUUAGCGGGGUGAGCAUCCGCACGGAGGGCCGCCGAUCCACUCUCUCCUUCCACAACGUCACCGAGCUCCACUAUGGCAACUACACCUGCCAGGCCAACAAUCCCCUGGGGCUCAGCACCGUCAGUCUGCUGGCCACACGAAGUCAUUCUCCCAGUUACCCCACUCCCAUUCAAGGUGACAGCUACGCCCAGGAGGACCCCAGUUCAAGCGGACCCCAGUCUCCAGCCCGGGCCGUCGCGGGCCUGGCUCUGGUCCUGGCUGCGAGCGCCGCUCUCUCACUCUCUGCGCAGUGAAUGGCGCAAUCGCCGGGCUGCUCGGCCGCUUUUAACAUCGCUCGUCGUCGUCGUGUCCUGGGGCCCGGUCUCUUCGGCCGUGCCGCGGUCGCCGUGGAGAAGGUGCGGUGGAGCCCCGCGUGGCCGGGAGUCGUGGUGACUUCUCGCACCGUGGGCUCUGCGUGUGAGCGUCGGGCCACCGUGGACUGCGACUGGAAACUAAAACGAGAAUGUUUCUGUCUCGCUUAUCUAACGUAUCAUCGUGUGGAGCUAACGAUGGUUAAUGACGGAGUCUAAAGGGAAUGUGUUCGUGUCUAGGUGACAUGGGUUUUGGUCACGAUGCCAUCUAUGUUUUUGUGAGGUGUACAGCACUAAAUGUGUGUUAGACAGACGGGGGAGGGGUUUGUGUGUAUGUGCCUGUAAAUGUUCACGAUGUGUGCUGAGCAGCUUUGUACAUAAUAACGUUUAUAGAAUGAUGUAAUUUUUCUGUGAAAAAAACAAUAUUUUUCAAGCUUAACCUUAAAUGUGAUUUGUCACUCCGGUUUCCCUUGAGGGACAGUGCCAAUGGACAGAGCAAGCGAGCCAGGUGUGAAUUUGACUGUGUUGUUGAUGUGCGACGUUGGUCUAGGAUCAGGGUGAGGUUUGUGUCCAAUUUCCAGUGGGGGGAGGAUAAAAAAAUGUCGGCUUUUACCAACCCGCACUGCCUGGCGUGGGGAAGUAUGUUCAAACAAUCACCAUGGCCAGAACGGCGUGAGGAGGCCUGCAUCCAACGAUAGAUUGACAACCUGAGAACCCUAAUCAUGUAACGCAUAAUGCGCCAUAUUGCCUUAAUGUGUUAUAUGUAAUCUUGACUUGAAGCUUUCGUGACUGCAGGAAUCCAUACUCUUUGCUUCUUUCGGUAAAGUCACGUGACAUUGCCGAAAGAACCAGAGAGUUUGUGUUCUAUGCACUUUGAAAUAAUAACGAUGCGUUUUCUCUUGGGGAGACCAACUGAGUCGCAAAACUCGUUUUCAGGGUGGCACUGCCACAUUGCGGUGUAUGGCGAAUUCCAAUGAGAGUUUGGCUUCCUGUGUGAGGAAACUGGAGAAAACCCACAAUGCAUAGCGGUGGGUGACACUCAAACCUCCCACUGGAUACAUUCAAGAAUAUAUUUCUGUGCUUCCACCUGCUGGCCACCAGAUAAUAACUGGGUAAAAAUAUGGCAAGGAGGUAACAAGGAGGAAAAUAACGCAUAAAUGCAUUCGAAACCGCUAUCUAGCGUUUCCCAGGAUUUAACAAAAAAAAUAAUAUUCGUCGUAGUUAUGAUGGAUAAGAACCGAUGUAACAUGUGGUAUCGAUGUUUAACAUUUUGUUUUCUUUUCUGUACUUAUUUCAAAUGUAACCAUGCUAAGAUUGUGAUACGACGCGCACGUUGGAAAAAAAAUUAACAACCGAAACACGAGGGCGGUUGAUGGGUUCAUAACGGGAAAAAAGGGGCAUUUACUUUGUUUAAAAAUUCGCCAGUGGCCAAAUCGACCACUGAUAAUUUUUAAAAGGGCGGAUUGUUGUAUCUAUGCCGUUUUUCAAAAAUUUAUAUUAAGAAUAAUUAGGCCAAAUUUUUUUUUAUAUCUAUAUAUUUUAAUUAAAUAAUGAAAACAGCCCCUACUCCUCACAAGCACACCAGGAAUCUGUGAAACAGGGAGGGCCAUUAAACGGUAAGACUUCAGAGCACAGAGAGGUCAGAGACAUCCAGAUGGACAAAAGGUCGAUGAACUAACCUUCCCAAGACGUGCAGAGCAGAGAAAAACAACUGUUGCAACUCGCGUUUUCUUUAACGUUUUUCUUAACGAAAAGUAGAAACUUAACAAAAAAAAAAUCAACCAACAGUAUAAGACUGCAGCCUACAAUAGGGGCUUUUUAUUAGUAAUUCCCUUAUUUUACUUGUAUUCACCACAUAUAUAUUAUUUUGUAUUGUAUGUUUCUAUCUACAUGACCUUACCAAAAACUAAAGAAUACGAAUUCCAGAAAGCUUAAGUGGAAACUUAGUUACACUUAACCGUAGGACAUUAAAAUAUAACUCAGAAUAAAACACCAAUCCCUGGAGACAAACGCAUAACCAAACUUGGCAAAGCCCUCAAAAUAAUGAUGUAACAAGGAUCAUUACGAAUAUUCAUUAAACAUAGACCGAAUAAUAACCACGAUAUACUAAGACCGAGGGAACUCAUAAGAAAUAUCAAGAAUAAAUGUAACACACAGGACCACAUAAAUGUAUUGCAAAAAUCUCCUCAGCCACCUUUGUCUCCAACGGUCCGGCACAAACAGAUGGCACCAUAAAUACUUAGGGGGUUAGAAAGGGUCGCGAGGAGGAGUCGGGAGGGUGUCUGUUUUUUUUUCGGUUGGUUGUCUCUCUCGCAAGAGAGGAGAGGGUGUUCACGUUUUUGAGUUUAAGCAAAAACGCGCAGAAGUCUGUGAGCAGUCUGGUUCGAGUCGCGCUCAGUCUCGGGACGCGGCUUGCGACGCAGCGUUGCGACGGGGCUCGCAAGGGGAGCUGGGGCGCGUCGUGCCUCGAGGAGAGAUGGAACGAGGAGGGGUCGUUGGAGUCGCAGAAGUCUGAUACCGAUGGCCGGUAUUGCUUCUCGCAGAACAAAGUGGCGAGGUGUGGUUAAGUGCGAGUGAAGCUUGCGAAAUUCCAGCUAUCAUUCUCGUUAGGGAGCCUGAACCAACCAAACCCCUGAAGUGAGGGCGGGAGAGGCAUCCGUGAGUACCCGCGUGAAGCUGGUAGCUGCACGCCAAGGGAGAAAGAGUAUCAGCACUGACGACCUGCGGAUGAGCUGCGAGCGCUAUUGGGCACCGCCGAAGGCAAGCAUCGUGCCGACUCAACAAUCAUCCAGCAGUGGAGAAGACUGGAGCUGCCACCAAGAGAGAGAGCGCCGUCGAAUGCGCCGUGUGUUUGAUACACACACACACCGACCAACACCCAGUGAGAACAGACAAGACGUCCAGCAGCGACGACGGAAUCAUCGCGCACCACGACGGCGAAUGUCGUGCCGACUCGUCAUCCAGCGGUAGAGGAGCUGCGCGCUAUCCGACAACGAAAUCAUCGUGCACCACGACAACAAGCGUCGUGCCAACACCACUCAAUCUAGCAGCGGAGAGAGGGUGCACGAGCAGCACCAAGCCCCCGGAACCAUCAAGCGCCAAGCAAACAGUUUCUUCAAGGAACAUCGUGUCAACGCCGCUCAAUCUAGCAGUGGAGCGAGAAAGCAGGAUGGGCUCACUGAGGCCAUGCCCAAGCCAGAGAGAACCUCUCUGGCCGCUGUUUGUAUAUCCCCUCCCCCCACCCCACAAGCUCCGAAAAAACUCUCGGCUCUAAAUUUUUUUUAAAAUUAAUCUUACAAAGGGGACAACGCACACACAACACGCACACGAAUAAGACUUUCAAAAAGUUAUCUUUGUGUUUCAAAAAGGGUUGCCAUUUCAAGGUGGUGCGUUCAAUAUCAACUGAUCGUGCAAAGCAGUUGCUGCCGUCGAGUUACAUGAAUAAGAAAUGUUUUAGUCAUUUAUUUUCGUUAAUUGCAUAAUCUUGCCGAUGAAUCUAUUGACGUAUACUUUUGCCUUUGCAUAUUAGAGUGUCAUAUGUUUGUUUAGAAUUAAAAUUGCUUAACACCAAGUGUUUGAGUGCUUCUUUCCGAGUCCAUGCAAAACUGUCUUAUUUAUAAGAACUGUAACCUGUGAUGAGAUAUGAAUUUGGAGACCUAACAUAACAUAAACACACUAAGAUAAUCAAUAAAUGUUUAAUCAAAGAUAAUCGUUUAUCCCGAUUGAUACAACUCUGGAUAACGAAACUAAGCCUAGUUAUCAUAACUGCACACUAACAUAAUCGCAAGCAUUUGCAUAAA